AUGAAUGACAUCAAAGAACAAAGUAUUUUCGCUGAUAUUAAUAAUUUAGACGAUAUGACGUACGAAAAGAAAGAAAAAAUUAUUUCUAAUGAGAAUACAAAGUCAGAUUUGGAUCAUCAGGAAUUGAUUAAAUUGACCAAAGAAGCUAUAGAUAAUGUAAUCGAAAGUGAUCCUUUUCUCUCUGGAUUACCCUUGAACGUAACAGUUGAAGAAAUUAAAGCACAAAUAGCUGUGGCUCAGGGACAGGCGAUAACAUUAUUUUUAAAUCGUGGAGAAUUGCCAAAACUUUCUAUCGUGGUACCCACCCAUACAACUACGGUACUUGAUUUAAAAAGAGCCAUCAAGAGACAUACUAACUUAUGCUUCAAAAGAGAUAAUAUUAAGAAGAAAAUAAGUUGGAAACACGUUUGGAAAAAAUAUAACUUAUGUUUCGACAAUGUACAGCUCUUAAAUGAUAGAGAAAAUUUAAGAACAUACGGUAUCACCAAUAAAGCUGAAUUAUAUUACGUUAAGAAGUAUAGAGAAAAAAAUAAAUUAAGAAAUAUCAUUAAGAAUACAUGACAUUAUUUGUACAUACGAAUAUUAUAUUUAUACAAUUAAAUUGUUAAUCUAUU